CCGCUCUAUCUUUGACGAACCCUUGACGACUGCUGGCGCAUACGCACGGCGAUCGCUGCUGGUCAGCAUUGAAAUCUCACCAUGGCAUACCCAGGACCAUCUUACGGUGCCUCUGAUGGCCCUUCGCCGCCGCUCGGCGUUCCCUCGAACGGUCUAAACGGACGCACCCCUUCACCUCUUCCCGCCGUGCCUCAGGUCGGUUCGUCAAACCUCGGUCAACCUGGCUCCAAUGCUCCUCACGCGGGCCUGUCCACAUCAUCCUCUCAGGGUUCUCUUUACCCAUCCAAUGUGUCUGACAAGGGUCCCGACUACGUCUACUUUGAGCGGAAACCAAACCAAUUUGGGGAGAACGUAGCUGGAAAGGCCACGGCCGCAAAGAUGAAGCUCGAGCUGUAUUACAAGGAUGCAGUGGAAGGUGUAGUUGGACGUAAAGACCGCCGAACAACCCUCGAAAAGCAGCUCGCUGCGGACACGCUCACCCCGGACUCUCUCAAAGCGAGACAGCUCAUGGCGCUAGGAAGGCGCGAGUCAAACUUUCUUCGCCUUCGUCGCACACGGAUCGGUCUCGAGGAUUUCCGCACUGUCAAGGUCAUUGGCAAAGGUGCCUUUGGCGAGGUUCGUCUGGUUCAAAAGGCGGACACUGGCAAGAUCUAUGCUCUCAAGACGUUGAAGAAGAAUGAGAUGUUCAAGAAGGAUCAGCUCGCCCAUGUUCGAGCCGAGCGUGACGUUUUGGCUGAGAGCAACAGUCCAUGGGUGGUCCAACUAUUCUACUCGUUUCAGGAUCCUCAGUACCUCUACCUGGUGAUGGAGUUUUUGCCUGGAGGAGAUCUCAUGACAAUGUUGAUCAAGUAUGACACUUUUUCCGAGGACGUGACCAAAUUCUACAUGGCAGAGGCAAUCCUCGCCAUUGAAGCGGUUCACAAUCUUGGCUUUAUCCACCGUGACAUCAAACCUGACAACAUCUUGAUCGACCAAAUGGGCCACAUCAAGCUAUCCGACUUUGGCCUCUCCACUGGAUUCCACAAACAGCACGACUCGGCUUACUAUCAGAGGCUUCUCGGUGGAGGGGACGUGUCAAACCGCCAAUCCCAAGCGAACAUGUCGAAUGCGGCGCGGAACUCGGUCAUGGUGAACGCGAUCAACCUCACCAUGACGAGUAAGCAGGACAUUGCGACAUGGAAAGCGAACCGACGCAAGCUGGCCUACUCGACGGUCGGAACGCCAGACUACAUCUCGCCGGAAAUCUUCCUCCAACAGGGCUACGGCAAGGAGUGCGAUUGGUGGUCCCUCGGCGCCAUCAUGUUCGAGUGUUUGGUCGGUUACCCUCCGUUUUGCUCUGAGAACGCACACGAUGUAUACCGCAAGAUUAUUGAUUGGCGGAACCACCUUUACUUUCCAGACGACGUUCAUCUCAGUCGCGAAGCCGAGGACCUGGUCAGACGUAUGCUGUGCGAGUCAGAGCGUCGUCUCACGUGCGAACAGCUCAAAGCUCAUCCAUUCUUCUACGGGGUUGACUGGACGAGCAUCCGUGACAUCGAUGCGCCGUUUGUGCCUCAUCUUCGGAGCAUCACCGAUACGUCCUACUUCCCCACCGACGAGUUGGAUCAGGCCCCGGCAGAGCUGCCAAGUGCAGGAGACAACGGGUCUAAUGCCAAGAAGGAUCUCGCCUUCUUGGGAUACACGUUCCGCCGAUACGAAAUGCUAUGACCCUCUUUGUACAAUUGAUGCAUUUUUUACGACUAC